AAAUUGCUGUACUCCAGACUAAUUGCAAAAUGGCGAGCGGAAAGCAGCUUCAACUUCGAGUGGUCGGGUUAUUACCCGAUCCCAGCUUUCACCAGGCAAGAUCCUGCGCUCAGGAUCUUUAUCAGAACAACCCUGACAAGUUUGCAACACCGCAGAUCCAGGGUCUACUUGAGUUUGAAUGGGAGAUGUAUCUAAGAGAUGAAAGGAAAUCCUUGCGAGGAGAGACUUGGGUAUUUGAAGAUAAAGCCAUUGCGUAUCUAGACAGUGAUCUGAUAGGUGGUCCAACAGAUUUAGAUAAUUGGGCAACACAGCACUGGAGCUUCAACUCUUACCGUCCAAAGGAAUUGUUACUGGCUUACGCUGAGGAAGCAUACAAAGACUAUCUCAAUGGUACUGGGCAUACUUUUGUUUAUUUGGAUAUUUCUAUCAAUGAGGAACCAUGUCAGAGGUUACUGUUUGAGUUGUACACAGACAAAUGCCCAAGAACCUGCGAGAAUUUCCGAGCUUUGUGUACUGGUGAGAAAGGACAUAAGACAGAUGAGACACUGAUGAAAUAUCAUUACAAGGAGAGUAUUAUUCACAGAAUAGUACCCAAUGGUUGGCUGCAGGGUGGAGAUAUCCUGUUUAGUAAAGGUGAUGGUGGAGAGGCUAUUUAUGGACAGUUCUUUGAAGAUGAGAAUUACUCGGUCAAGCACACUUCAAGAGGUAUCCUAGGAAUGGCCAAUCAAGGAAGACACACUAAUGGCUCUCAGUACUAUAUUACCUUCCAACCAGCUCCUUGGAUGGACACUAAAUAUGUGGCAUUUGGGAAAGUGAUUGAAGGAACAUACUUGCUGGACUUCCUGGAAAAACAAGAGACUUAUAAUGAGCGUCCCAAGAAAGAAUGCAAGGUUGUUGAUUGUGGAGUAUUUCGACCUUGAUCUUUACAUACAAUCCACAUGUACAUCUUCUCCGACAAGUCAACCGACCAAAGCUUUAUGUAGAAUCACCACAACUUUUUUAUAUCAACUACUCGAUAAAUUGGUUUAUCUUUUUUAUUUUACCAUAAUGUUAUUAUUUUUCCAACCUAGGCUAUUUAACUUUAAAAAACAAUGCAAAAUGAAAUUUUUGUUUUAAAUGUGUUUUUCAUUGGUAUAAGGACGGGGAAAGGCAAUUUUUCCUUGGUAAAGGAUAUCUCUAUGGGGGGAAGUUUCAAUUUCUACAGGAUAUUUUUAGGGGCACCCAGGAAUUGACAAGGCAUGGAGGCGAUUGCCUAUGCUGCCUCGCUUCUAAUUGGUGUCAGGGCUGUAAUUUAAUUAAGACAAGGUACUGUCUCCUAAAAAGUACUAAAUAUUUACAAAAUUUAAACGGCGAGGUUUUUUAAAAUAUCAGCUUUCGUUUGAGGCCAUUUCAAAAUGGUACAAGCUACCUUGCAAUGGAGUGAAACCUCAGCUUGCUAAAUAUUUUAACGAACAAACUUUUGGUACACUUUGUCCCAUUAAGUAUUGAUUAACAUUCAUUCCCAAGAUUUGAAAUAUAAAAUUCUCUUCAUUGAAUAUUUUAGCCUGCAGCUUUACAAAUUGUGAUCAACCAUAGCAUUGGCCAAACUGACAUUGGCCAAAUUGAACAACUUCUUGAGUAAAUGUUGUGCUUAAAUACUUCAAAAGAUUUACAAACCAUUUUUGUUAAAAAGAAAUUAUCAGUGUUGUAAAUAGUUUGUUUUGAGUUCACAAUUAAUUUCAAAGACAAAUUAAGUGUGAUGUGUACAGUUUUAAAUAAACACUUAUGUGUGCAGUAACUCAAUAUUUAUAUUGUUUGUCAAUUUUUUCUUUAUUUUUGGAGAUAAUUGUUAUCAGUAUGGAUAGAUUGUUGCAUAAGAAUAAAUGUAUAAAUAAGUUUGUAUUCAUUCAGUCAACAGUGAUCAGACACAAACAGGAAUUUAUACACAAUUCCAAUCAAUGUACAACGUCAGUUAAAGCAAUUUUAAUGUUAUGUCAUUGAUUCAAUACAUAGCCUAUACAUGAAGAUAUAUAAAACAAAACCAAAAUAAUUUGCUUAUAAGUGAGACAUCCAGCUAGACAAUUAUAAUUUAAUUAAACAUAUGAAGGGGAGUGGUUUGGCCAAGAUGAGCCCUAGUUUUUCUUUUAUUUGUAUUAAAUCUAUCGAGGUUAACACUUUCACAAAAUUUAACCGGGCAAAAUUCAAAUUACAGUGUUAAAGGAACACAUUGCCUUGGAUCGGACGCUUUUCAAAUACCAACUCGCCCGAUCCAAGGCUACGAGUUAUUUAAUUAGUUAAAACAUUCCAUUCAAAUGUUCAGCAGAGAUAACAAGUAACAAUUUCAUCAAACUCGAAGCUACUAUUGAUACAUCAUAAAAGGAAUUUCUUCUAAAAAAAAAAGUGUAUCUGAAUGAAAAUACUCACAACUGGCAUCACAAAAUCGUAACUGAUAUUAUAACUGAUUUUGACCCCCAAAAGAAUAUAUUUCUAUAUGUGGAACAAACAGAUAGAAAAUGCACAAUACAAACUAGUUAUAUAUUGCAUGUACAUGUAUCUUCAAUCAUCUACCUUUCAUUAAAAAUGCAUGUUUUUUUUUCACCAGACAGCGUACCUUUAAAGAAAACCUUUGUUUCCCAUUCUCCACACAUCAUCAUGUGAUUUAUAAUACUGCAUUGACAUGAAUCAGGCAAGGGGAGCCUGGUGAAUGCUUUUCUGCAGAUUGAAAUUUAAAUUAAAUGAUAUAAUGCAGUAGAUGAUUGGUAUUUGUUUCUGUGAUUUUGAGGGAAUUUCUUCUGAAAGAGAAUAACUCAUUUAGGGUACAAAAGAUUUGGUGGGGUUUUGGGCAGUAAAGACGCGUUCCCAUAAUAACAUUGUUUGAUGCAUUUUACAAUACAUGUAGAACGAUACAUAAAAAUAGUCCAUAAUGUACACGCUUUAAUCUAAAGCAACAAUUAUAAUUUGAACUUACUCUGCAACUUGUGGGACUUCAUAUCCAAUAUACACAAUGAUCAUUUAUUAUGUAUCCACACAUCUGAAAUCCAUAUGCAAGCUUGAAGGGAACUGAUCAAAUUGCAGCCUAUUGCUUAGUCCGAUCAUUUAUACUUUUUUGGUACAAAUACAACUUAAUUCAUCAUCAAUAAUCAUUUCUAUACAAAGUUGGAAAAUAUGGCCAAUAUAACCAGAUAUGUUUGCUAAAUACAUCAACUUUAAAACAGAAGUCAACUUUGCAUAAACAUGAAUUUCAUUCCAGAUGCAUAAAAUGUAAUAUUUUUUAAUAAUUGUUAUUCUUCAAGCAACAGCAUUUUAAAGUAUAAUACUGGUGAUAUUGUUUAGUACCACAUGCAUACCAACAGAGAUAGCUAUUGUUUCACCUAGCAUGUAUUUUUCUUUGCUCCAUCACACCAAUCUCACUUUGGUUCAGGCGCUAGAAACAACAAGCUCACUUUGGUUCAGGCAGUAGAAACAACACAAGCAUUUUCUGGGUAUCCUGCAGUGAUCUGAAAACGCCAAAGCAUGAUUAAAUGGUUCAAAAUGGACCCAGAUGAUGAUUGUAAUUGGUUUCGCACCAUGGUAUGAUUUUAGCUUUGAAUUAUUCAGCUUGUUCAUGCAACUUGAAAUAAGCAGCUGCUCAGUCAUUACCAUAACAACAUUUGCAAGUCAACAGGCUUUUUCUUACAUUGGUGACAUUAGACAUGGUUAUCAACGUCCAUAUACAUAAAACUCCUUUACUUUAUGAUUAAAUAAACCAGUUGUGGACAUGGACAGUGUCUGUCAAAUCACCCAUAUAACUCAUUGAUGAAUGUCAUGAGUCAUUUGCAUCUGUGAAAAACUAAGAAUGGUGCAAGUUGAACUACUGGGGUGGUUAAUGUAGUAGAUAUCUUUAGACAGAAAAAAUACCAGGCAAGCGCAUUUUUUAGUUAUGUUAUAUAUGAUGCAUUUAAUUUUAGUUAACCAACGGUUAAACUAAGCUACAUGUAAACCAAUUAUAGUACAGUAUUCAUGAGAGUAAACCAGCUGAUUACAGAAAAAAAAAAAAAAAAA